AUGUCACUCCACAGCCUCUGUGUUCAAGCCGUCCUUCUCAUAAGCAUCCUGUCUCUCUGCUCACCCUCAGGUGGUUCAUCUGGGAGUAGACUACAGAGGAUCCUCAUGAAACGAGAUGCAAAGGAGCUGGAAGCCAGGCCUAAAGUACAAAUCGCAGUGUCACAGCCCAAGGCUAAAGAGUUUCUGUCAGUUUUCCACAGGCCUAAGAGAAACGUAUGGGACCGGAGCCGUCCUGAUGUCCAGCAGUGGAUCCAGCAGUUCAUGUACAUGGGCUACGAUGAAGCAAGACUGGAGACUGAUCUCUCCUAUUGGAUGGACCAGGCCAGAUCAAAUGACCAGGGCCGGCAGCAUCAUCAUGAUGAGAAUGCCCCUAUGAGCCAACAGGACCCCAGUUCCUACAGACACGGGGCUAAUGUCAAUUAUGAUUACUAUUAA